UUUUUCCAGUUGAGAAUGAAAAGACAGGGAGGCACGAUUUAUAACUACUUUAAGAGAAACAGAUCAGGCUUAGAGCAGAUCAGCAGCCCCGGCAGCCCUCAUCCUGGGACUAGUCAGGAAAGUCCGGCAGAAUCCAGCCUGUCAUCAUCGCCAGGUGUGAGAGUGGACCGAGAUGAUGACAAGUCCCAAACUGGAACCAUUACCGAGGAGUGUCAGGCACAACACAGCCCACCAUCAUCAGUUCCUUCUGAGGAAGGCUCUGAGGCUUCUGAACAGGACGACGACCCAGACCCAGAGCAACCUGAGCCUGAAGAUGUGUCCAGCACUGCCUUUGCACCUUCAAAAGGGCCCAGUGAUAUUUCAACAUCGAGAGAAGAGGUACCAGUUCAGCCACAUUUGAGUAAAUACCCCAAGACUCUCCAUGGCACCAGCAAGAGGGCCUUCAAUAGCAAGUGGUACACGAACAAUUCAUGGCUUGAGUAUUCAGUGUCAAAAAACUCUUGCUACUGCUUUGCUUGCAGGCAUUUUUCGUUGCCCAAUGCGCCUGACUCUGCCUUCACAUCUGAUGUAGGCUUUUCAAAUUGGAAAAAGGCACUGUCAAAAGAGGCAGGAUUUAAACUCCAUUCUAGAUCUGAGCUUCAUAUUAACGCAAUGUAUGCAUGGUCUGAGUUCAAAAAGAGGAAAGAAGUAGAUCAGACUUUGUUAAAUGCGCUAAAUGAAAAGCACAAAAAAAAGGUGCAAGAAAACAGGCAGUACAUCAAAACAAUUGCAGAAGUACUCCUUUUGACUGCCACCCAAAACAUACCCCAAAGGGGUCAUGAAGAGUCUCAAGAAUCAAAAAACAAGGGUAACUUCUUGACAAUACUUGACACAAUCGCGAAACAUGACAGCUUCAUACAGCAAAGAUUAGAGGCAUCUGGUAAUGCAAAGUACACCAGUCACAACAUCCAAAAUGAAAUGCUUCAGACAUUAGCUGAUAUGGUUCAAAAACAAAUAAUUGCAGAAGUGAAAGAAAGUGAAGUCUUUAGUGUUAUGGCUGACGAAACAAAAGAUUUGAAAAAAAAGGAACAGAUGUCGUUGGUAGUGCGCUACUACUACAAUGGUGCCAUACAUGAAAGCUUCCUAUGCUUCCAACCAGCUGAGACCCUCAAUGCAGAAGGCCUCAGUCAAAUGAUUGUCCGUUGUUUAGAGAGACAUGGUCUAGACUACAGGAACAACUUGGUGGGACAAGGUUAUGACGGAGCCUCUGUCAUGAGUGGCAAGCAUUCUGGGGUUGCAGCAAAAAUACAGAGCAAAGCCAGAUUUGCGUUUUACGUGCAUUGCAAUGCUCAUUGCUUAAAUUUAGUUCUUGUUGAUGCUACAAAAUCAGUGCCUGAGGUUGUGGACUUUUUUGCACUUCUGCAGCAGCUAUAUAACUUUAUAUCUGGCUCUUAUGUGCACCUGAGGUGGCUUGAUGUUCAACAGAAACUAUAUCCAUCACAGCAGCCCAGGGAACUACAGUCACUUUCAGACACCAGGUGGGCCUGCAGAUAUGCAGCAUGCCGUAAUCUUAGGGACAGACUUCCUGCAGUGCUGAAACUAUUGCAAGAUCUCUCACUUGAAAAACAUGGUGAAAGAUCAGUGCUAGCAAGGGGGCUUCUUUCACAAAUUGACUUGCAGUUCUUGGGGCUUUUGGUAACUUUCUGUGAAGUACUUGGGGAUGCCAAGUGUCUGUCAGACAUGCUCCAGUCCAGCACUCUCAACUUAGCAAGGGCUGUGGAUUUAGUACAGUCCCUUAAAAGCACUUUCCACAAUUACAGAAAUUGGUGUACAAGCAGACAAGAAAAGGCAACGAAAAAUAAGCUAAAAAUUCCUGGACUCACUGAUGAUGAGCUCAGUAGGGCAGAGAAAUUGGAAUGA